CACACCGCCUGCGACAGUCUCGUAGAAAGCAACAUGGCGGAAGCAGGUGAGAACAAGCGUGGCUUGGAACAUUUGGAUGAAUAUGAACCUAAACCUGUGAAGUAUAUGCGCAGCCUGCACGCGCGCAUGGCAGAGAGGAGACUGGUGGUUAUUCUGGAGGGAGCCUCGUUAGAGACGGUCAAGGUUGGAAAAACCUUUGAGCUGUUAAACUGUGACCAGCACAAAAAUAUGAUCGUCAAAAGUGGAAGAAAUCCAGGACACAUAAGACCAGACAUCACACAUCAGUGUCUGCUGAUGUUGAUGGACAGUCCACUGAAUCGUGCAGGCCUGCUGCAGGUUUACAUCCACACAGAGAAAAACGCCUUAAUCGAGAUCAACCCACAGACCCGUAUACCAAGGACCUUCCCCCGCUUCUGUGGCCUUAUGGUUCAGCUGCUGCACAAGCUGAGUGUCAGAGCUGCUGAUGGUCCACAGAAGCUUCUGAGGAUGAUUAAAAACCCGGUGUCCGACCACCUGCCUCCCGGAUGCCCUCGCAUCAGCACCUCCUUCUCUGCAGGAGAGGCUGUCUGUCCCCGGACUGUGGUGCCAGAAGGACCAGCUGCAGUGGUGAUUGGAGCAUUUGCACAUGGAGCGGUGAAUGUGGACUACACAGAAAAGACGGUGUCAAUCAGUAACUACCCGCUCUCUGCGGCGCUUACCUGUGCCAAGAUGUGCUCUGCCUUUGAGGAGGUGUGGGGUGUCCUGUGACCAGAUGAAUGGACUUGUGUUGGGACUACAUGGACACUUUUUCAGUGGACUCGUCGUGGAUAUGAUGGAGAAAGAUUGCGUCACAUGUCUGUUUUUCCGUGGACUAUAUGGACGAGCGUAGACAUGUAUUUGGCUCAGUGUAUAUGAGCCACCAUGUGGACUAUACGUUCAUUUUCUUACCAAAUUUUCCCUUUCCAUGUUUUUGUACCAUAACCAAAUGUUGCAACCAAUUCCUGAAGCUAUGGAUCGUAAUACACUUCCAUUAAAACAUUUACCACUUGA